GAAACAACAGCUGUAAAGGAAAAUAGGCUUUACAAAGAACUUGAACUUCAUUGAAGACAAAAGAAAAUGCAGCUCUACAACAUCAUUUAUUUUGGCCUCCUCCUAUUCUUAAAUCUGUCGCAUCUCAGCGCGUAUCCUGUCUACAAUGGGCUACUGACUAAUGAUGACAUGGAUGUCCUAAAGGUACUGCUCCAUCGACUUGAGGAGUCCAUUCCUGAGCAGAGAGAAGCUGAGCAAGUCCCCAAAGAAAAGUUGGACGACUUGACUCUUGAAGACAUUGCAAUGGUUACACAGGAUGAGAGAGAGCAGCCACAAACAAGACUUGACAACGCCGCAAUAAGAGAGUUCCUCUCGGCUCGGGACUUGAAAACUGUUCGAAAUGACUCUUCAUCAAAGAGAUACUCAGGCUGUUUCGGGUCAAGAAUGGACCGGAUCGGCUCAAUGAGUUCUCUUGGAUGCAACACAGUUGGCAAAUACAAUUCAAAGAGUAAAUGAAGUCUUAUCCUGGAACAGCAAUGUCAUUAUUUACCAACAUUUAUUGUUAUUUAUAGGCUAUAGGCUACAUAUUUAUUUUCAUGGUAUUUAUUGCAUUUUGUUUAUUGCCAAUAAUAUUAAUUUCAACUAAUGUAAGAUUGUUCUUUAUAUGGUGUAUUUAUGUAUAAUAAAUAAAAAUGUUUACAAUUGCUCA